AUGGUUUUGGAAAUGGAAGAGGAUUUGUCAAGUACGGUCUCAAACGCAGGCACGACAACAAGGCGGAAGAGGACAUAUCAAGCAGAAGCUUCUAUUUCAAGUAUCACUGGUUUCUUGGUUCAAGAGAGUAAGCGCUUGAGUCAUGGGAGCAGCAAUUUGUCUACCAAUGCCAAAUUUAAAGGAGUUGUGCUGCAACAAAUUGGCCACUGGGGUGCUCAGAUCUAUGCCAUUCACAAUAGGGUUUGGCUUGGAACAUUCAAUUCCGAGGUGGACGCAGCCAUGUCUUAUGAUAGUGCUGCAAUCAAGCUUCGCAACGGAGAGUGCCCAAAGGAACUUUGCAUGGACCAAGGUCACUGA